AUGGAAAAUAUUAAUACCGGAUUUCGUGCAUUAAAGUCGCUCAUUCCACACACUGAAGGUGAUAAGCUUAGCAAGGCUGCUGUUCUGCAUCAAACAACGGAAUAUAUAUAUACGUUAAAACAAGAUAGAAAUAAAUUACUUGGACAAAAUGCAAUGUUGAAGCAGUUGUUGUCGUCAAGUGAUGGUAGUAAGGAAGUGGUAUUACCUUACAGUUGUAAGCGCGCUAGGACUGAAAUAGAAGACAAACUACAAAAAUUGGAGAAUUUUAUAGGAGAAGACCAAUCUCUGUUUAUUCGAGAAAUUAAAAGAGAUAUCAUAGAGUUAGUAAGCCAAUUAGAUCGUGAAAGAAGACUUCGAAUGAUAUUAGAAGAGCAAAAUCGAGCACUUGAACGUCAACUAUAUCCCGAUUGCCAAGUAUUCAAUUUCGAUAAUUAUCGGCCAACGACUGGUUGUUCUCAAAUUGCAAGUCAUUUUAGUGACAGCGCAACUGGUGUAGCCAAUUGUCCUAAUUUAUACAAUAGUAAUAAUCUAGAUGCAAUGGUGGAAGCAAUUAGACGAAUAGAAGGUGAUAAGACAUUUGAUCAGAAAUCUUAUUAA